AUGUUAAACAACACAACCCCAAUCAUCAAUUUACACCAGAAGAAGAGAUUAAAAGUUUUAUACAAAGUCUACUGUCCCUCUAUCGCUCUGUCUGUGUGUGUGUGUUCAUUCUCUUGGAUCAACGAAUCGAACCACGAGGCUUUUGUACGUCAACAUCAGAAAAGGCCUACGGGCCCUACCACCACCACCAUCAUCAUCACCAUCACCCAUCCACAAAAGGUAAUAAUAGCCUCCUCCCCUCCAAUCCGUUUCCAUUCCAUCGAUCCCACGUGCCAGGAAAAAAAUAACAAUAAAAAGAAUAAAGAAGAAAUCAGCAUCAUCCCCAAUCAAGCCACCGGAGCAAGCAGCGCCGGACCCUCCUCUCUCUCCCUCCCCUUCCCAAUCCAGAGAGAAGCUACGCCAUUAUAGUGCGGGCCUCGGGGGAAGCGUCGCGCGCGCGCGCGGGCCAAGCAACAUCGCAACGGCGGGGCGAGCGGGUCACAGGAGUGAGUUUCGCUAUAUUAGAGCGCACAUAUAGACGCGGUAGCAC